GCGGUGGUUCCUACCACCACGACAGUCGCGCUCCGAAGCUACUUUUCAGUCCUUCUUCAGAUUCGGUCCGCGCUGAAGUCGAGGAAGUAAGGUCCUUUGCGGAACUGCAACGAACUUCCCUGAGAGUCCCGCUGUCGUUUAUUCGUACCAUUAUGACAGCACUUUUGGCAAAUCCUCCCCAUCUGCCUGGCGACGGUCGCGAUGCGCAAACCUAUCAAAACAUGGAGUUCACAACAAACUACGACGUGCUUGAGCGGCCCUGGUGGGGCGCCCCAACCACCGACUCGAUAGCGGUGCAGCAGCUCCUCAACGACCUCACCGAACUGCAAAGCAAAGUACGAGACGCGGCUGUCGACGCUAGUAUGAGAGAAUUUCUGGACGGGUUCGCCGACUACCACAGAAUCAUGUACCUUCGCGAAUGUCUCAUUGGGGAUGCUAUUGUGCCUCGCGGGACGACGAUGGAGUAUCUAGAGGGUUUGAUGAGCCAAAACGACCUCAGUCCACACGACCACAAACGCCUAGCUCGCAAAGCAACCAACCUGCACGCCGUUAUCGUCUCAGCUUUCCCCACCCCGUUCCACCCUACCGACCCUUCGCCCGAAGCAUUCACACCGGAUCUGUUGCGAGAGUGGCAUCGCGCGGUAGGGGAUGGGCUGAUAGCAGACGCUGGAUCUUACCGUACGCGAAUGUUGGGGGUAAGUGGGUACGACGAAUUCCGUAUUUCUCAUCCCGCAGCGAGUUUCGGUGGAGCUCGGACGGCUGUGUCUGUAUGUUCGGGCUUGCCUUGCCACCCACAACGCACCGCUUGAUCGCAUUAAAUUGGCAGCAACCUUCAUGACGAACUUCCUUCACAUACAUCCUUUCAGUAAUGGGAACGGGCGGGUUCUUUUUGGUUUGAUGAGUACGCGAGCAAAUCACUAGGUAUGAAGCGACUGGUAGAAAUCAUAGAGCACUAUGGGGGGCGACGGACAUUGACACGAGGUCGCGGCCCUCGGUAAGAACCUGAAGCCAUUGCGAACUGACUUUUUGGUAGAAGCUAGUAGAGGGAUACAGGAUGUAGGCAAGCUGAGGUUUGCAGUUUUUGGCGUUGCUAUGACAUUGGCCCGUGGUACUAUUAGUAUCGAAUUCCGUGGAUGUGCACAUCAUAUACGAGACUGUGAACUGGAAUGACUCAAUAG